AUGAAGCCAGUGAUUGGUACUGUUGUGUCGAACAAGAUGCAGAAGUCAGUGGUAGUCGCCGUCGAUAGACUCUUCCACAACAAGCUCUUCAAUCGCUACGUCAAGCGUACUUCCAAGUUCAUGGCUCACGACGAGAAGGACGCCUGUAACAUCGGCGAUCGAGUGAAAUUGGAUCCUUCGAGGCCUUUGAGCAAGCAUAAGCAUUGGGUUGUUGCUGAAAUCAUAAAGAAAGCACGCAUUUAUUCUCCCCAGGCUGCUGCUGCUGCAGCCCUCAAUUUCUCAGCUGCAAAAGCUCCUUCGGCCUCCGUUUCUGAGGAGUCCUCGAUUCCCCCUGUUUCGUCUUCCUAA